AUGAGUCUCGGCCAUGAAGGUAACAAAGGAAUUCCACUUCAUCGGGCAGCUGCCCUGGGUUGCAGACGAGAUGUGGAACAAUUGAUUCUCUCUGGUACGAAAGUAGACGUGCAGACAAGGCGCGGACGCACUGCACUUCAUUAUGUCUCGGAGAAUGGGAACGCAGAUAUUUUAGCGCUGUUAAUAAAGUUCGGAGCAAAAGUCGACCUUCCUAACAAGUGGGGAAGGACUGCUCUUCACUAUGCGGCCAGUAAAUACAGGUUGGAUUGCCUGCAGAUCCUUCUAAAAGGGGGAGCAGACCCGAAUAAACAGGAUGUCGACCGUCAGACUCCGCUGUUUCACGCAAUAGCUGCCUCAGAAGGGUCACAAAAAGAAGAUUGCGUUAGGAAGACUCUUUUGCUUUUGAUUUCGGGUGGUGCAAAUGUGGACAUUCCAGACAAAAGUGGAAUUACUCCUCUCCACAUAGCAGCCGAACUCGGCGACAGUAAGAUCUGCAUCGACUUGAUCAAGCAAGGAGGGGCACGUGUGGAUGCAAGAGACCAACAUGGGGCCACUCCCUUACACUACGCCUCUUACCACCAUCGCAGGAUGGUGGUGGAAGCCCUACUCUCGCUUGGCGCUUGCUCUACUACCCUAGACAACGCGGGCCUCUCGGCAAAAUUCUAUAUGCAGAAACGGAGAUACAUGACCAAUUCAGAAGUGCCGAUCUCCCCGGAAAACAUUUUGCUGCAAUAUCCAAGUAAAGAAUCGAGAGAGACGUUGAAUGGUCAUGUGAAAAAUAUGGACAGUCCUUGUUUUGAUAACGUCGUAGAUGAUUUUGGAAAGUCUCAAGUUGAAAGGUAUUUGCAUUCCGAAAUGAAUUAUGACCCACUCUUCACCAGCGGUGUGACAGAGAACGCUUCUUUAAGCUCUUUGCUCAUCCGAUUGAACGAGACUGAGGGUUUGGGACUAGUCGAGCGGACACCGGAAGUGGAGUUAGUCGAACAGGACAUCAGGUUUUAUAUCGAAACUGCUUUAGGAGGCAUGGUUCGGGUGCAUCCAAAGUUCACUUACAAGCUUGUACAAGCGGGCAGCACUGUGGAAAACACUAAGGUUGGCGAACCCGAUGAGGUUGAUUAUAUGUGCAUUCUUACAGAACUUUCGAAAGCAUGUUAUGUUUGCGAGUGUCCCAAUGAUCCCCCUGGAUAUUUGAAAAUACGUAUAAACGACCGAGAGGAAGACUUGUGGAAUGAUUUCCUGGAUGAAGCUGGUUAUCUGAUUGCAGAGAGGCUACAUAUCCACUUUCAUUCCCUUUUUGACAGACACUCCGAGGAAGCUGACCUCACUGCAAUGUCCACUCGAUUACACAAGCUUCGAAACUACAAUAGCGGCCGGAACAGCGUUGGUGUUACUGUGGAUAACUCUCAGACUAAGCCCGGGUCGCGGUUGUUCUUCCUGUGGCGUGGAUGUCACUUUAAGUGGAUGAUAGUAACAGUCGAUCUUAUUCCUACAAUAGAAAUCAUCGGUUGGCCUAACAGUGCCCUUGUACCUGCAGAAAAAGGAUUUGAAUACUACCAUGUCAUACCCAAAGUUUCGCCAACAAUUCAGAACAGUCCGUCUGCUUCCCUGUAUUGGCGAAUUUCGACUUCCAUGGCCGAGAAACAGAUCAUAAGCAAACUAACAAGCCCCGCACGCGCUUGUUAUACAAUAUGCAAGUCUCUCAAGCAAUGUCCAGAUCUGGACGUGUUAUUUCACGAAAAUGCAACUCGGGCUAACACUGAUGAACUGCAUAUGCUAUCAGAAACUCUACAUAAAUUACGGUUGUACGAUGGGCUUAUCAACUCUUAUCUGAUCAAGAUGAUCCUUUUACGAGAAAUCGAGAAUCGUAAAGUGACGUCGGGUUGGAGUUGGCAGACUGUCGGAAACUGGGUGCUACAUAUACUUGUCAGAUUGCUGGAAGAGUUAAAACGAGGCUUUGUUUCGUCGUAUUUUCUCCGAAAUUAUAACGUGUUGAAUGUUGAAGGUUUGAUCUAUUCUGUCAAUGAGCAUGUACAUUCAGUGGACGAGAGUAAUCUCGAUUCCCAGCGGCAACAAAUGCUGCAAAACAACAAGCCGUAAUUACCGCUCCGACUUUAUGAUGUUUAUUGACUCCACAUUACGUUUUAACUUUGUUCAGAUUAACCCUUUAACUCCCACGAGUGACCAAGACAGAAUUUCUCCUUACCAAAUGAAAAUGAUUUAAAAAAAAAUAAUAAAAUAAAAUUUACUUGAUCUUCCUCUUAGGCUCAGUAGUAUUCUAUUGAUUCCCCCUCAUUACGGAAGUCAGUUUUCAAUAGAGCCCCCAUCAUACUCUAAUAUAAUUGGCCAAUAUAUAUUUCCGUUUUAACGAUUAAAGAAAAAUUACAUCAAGAACUGUCUUCUCUGCAUGGCUAAAUUGUAUCGCUUCGAUGUGAUGGAGUAACGGAACCAGCGCUUGGUGAUUCUUGAUCUUGGUCCGUUAUGUUAAGUUAUUUUUGCUGUAAACAGUGUGAAUUAAUAAACUCGAAACUUUGAAUGUUUGAGCUCGUUAUCCAUUCGCACGCACUACAUACCUAUAUUUACUUCCUGUUUAAAGAAAUCCUGGGAACUAACCACAUACAUGUAGAGUCUAAUCCAAGAUGGCGCCUCAAGAUACCUGGUAAGGUGGAAGUACUUUCGCUAUUUUUCCAACAAAUAUCUCCUUUAAAAACUUACUUGUGAUAGCUGUUUGAUACAAAACCUUUUUUGUACAUAUUGUGAGGAUAUCUUGGUUAUCUGAGAUACUAAGACUACAAUGGCUCACUUAUUUAUCCUGAAUUAUGUCCCAUUCUGAACGGAAGUUCCUUCAUUUUUCUCGACUGUGUUUAGCUUUACACCACCGUUUUGAGGUUUGUAACAUGAUCAAAAAAUGUUUUGUCUUUGAAGCGAUCUUCAAAAGACACUGGAUGCUAUACUAGUGCUCUUUUAGUCGUUGGUAAGAAUUUUGUUACAGAUUUUCGAUACUAUCAACUCAAUUCAGUAGAAAGUUGGAUCAUGUGAUCGCGUAAGUUCUAUUUUCAUUUUAAACCUCCUUUACAGUUCUAUGCCACAAUUCCUAAGGAUGUUUUGAAAAGACUGCUGGUUCUUUUAUUUGUGUUCAGCCAUAAAGGUCUUAAAACUUAGUGGUUUACUUCUUUUCUUUACAAUUUUACACUUUACACUUAUUUUUCAUUUUCUUACAUAUUACAAGAUAUUCCUUUGACCCACGGAUAGCAAAUGCUAAUCGAGGCGGACCAAAUUUGUUUAUUUAUUUAUUUAUUUUUUUACUGACUUAAUUUAAUUACACUGGAAAUAAAACGGAAAUGAAAAAAUAUAACAUAAAAGUACAAAAAGAUAUGCAAAAAAGAAGAAAAGGAAAAUGGCAGAUGUUUACUGUAAAGGAGAAAAAGUCCUAGUGUUUCUAAGUGUACAAAAAAUAUUGUAGAACUGGUUUAAUUUGAUUCAAUUUUGCUGUGUUUGAAUUUUAGUAUUAUCUCAUCAGGCUCCAUAUAAGAAUAUUUUAGUUUCUAGAAUAUUGAGAAGAGCUCUUUUUGUUUCUUUUUUGAGGGAUUUCUUUGACAAAGUUUUGUUCCUUUAACAGGUUGAGUGAAUUUAAAACAGUUGAGAAGUAUGGGCAGGAUAUUAUGGAGAAGAUUAAUGAGAGAAAUCAAAGAAGGCGAAAUGGAGGGAAUUAUAACAAGGUGAUUUAUGUGGGACAUAGACAUUUUAUGACAAUAAAACUACGACAACUGUUGAUUAUUUUCAUUCAAAUACAAUUGUCCAGCAUACAGCUGUAAUUGCCUUCUGUUAGUCACUGCUCUACACAAAAUGUGUUUGUUUAAUUUGGCAGGUCCAGUCUGAUGUAAGGAUUAUGUUAAAGACCUUUUCAAGGGAUCUCAACAACUUAAAGCAAUCACUUUUACGAGCCUCAUCUUCUUAUCAUGUGUAUCCUUCUGUCAGCAUAAAGUUUAAUUUCACCAUUAACUCUCAACUUAAUUGAGAUAAUUAAGUUCAAUUCACUACUAACUAUGAAGUUAAUCUUUAACCCUUUCACUCCCAAGAUCUGAUUGUUAAUUCUCCCCUCUAUCUGUGACACAUUUCCCUGUAACUUGGUUAUGAGAAUCUGGUGUUAGAUUAAGACAGACCUGUACCUGAUAAGUUUGAGAAUUCUCAUUAUCUCUUUGCUGGAUAAGGAAUGGAUAUUAUGAGGAGAAGUUACGUGUUAAUCACUCCUGGGAAUUAAAGGGUUAACUUAGGAUGCAACACUCUCUAAAGAUAGCCAAAUGGCAUUCCUUAGCUUACAUCUGCAAGACCAAACUGUUUAACCCUUGAACUCCCAAGAUCUCAUCAGCAUUUCUCCUUAUUGUCUGCCACACAGUUCUUGUGAUGUUAGUUUGGAGAAUUUGAUAUUGGAUCAACUUUGAUCCCCAAUUGAUAUUUUUCUUUAUUCUCAUGACUUGCCUGCUCAACACUGCAUUGAUAUUGAAAGAAGAAAUUCUGUCUUGGUCACUCAUGGGAGUUAAAGAUUAAGCUGAUGUAUGAUGCCUAUAACAAAAGAUUACUUGUACAACUAAGUGAGGAAAUUGUUACCAAGAGAAAUACCAAAUACUCAUUAAGAGGAUCAGACAAAAUUGUUGUUCCAAGGUUUUAGUCUCACUUCUUAGAACAGUCUAUUAGUUACAGGGGCGCUGUCCUCCGGAAUACAUUCACAUUUGAACAUCUGGGUGUAACACAAGCUAAACAAUGGACUAUAGAUUCUUAACUUAAUAAGAUUCACAACCUAAGAGACUUUCAUUUCAAAGUGACAUCUGUCUCAACCAAUGAUUUUAGUAAUGACGAUUUUAUAUAUUUUAAUGGCUUUAGUAUUUAGUAUUCAGUAUUGUAAGAUGCACGACCCCAUAAGCACCAGCUUUAACUAUUAUUGGGCUGAAAUAAAGUGGAUUUAUGUGUGUAUAUAUUAAACCACGAGCAGUAGGGAAUAUGCAAUUUCUCCUUUCAACCCUGAAACAUUAUCUGGCAAACAGGCACUUAGAAUGGACAAAUAUAUUGGUUAGUGACAGUUAUCUUGGUUUAUUUUAAUUUUCAAGUCUUGCCUUUUUUUUUUAGCCCUUUAACACCCCUGAUCUGAUUAUUAAUUCUCCCCUUCAGCUGCUACACAUCUCCUUGUAAAUUUGUCACAUGAAUUGGUGGUUAGAUCAAGGUAACAACAUCUAACUGAUAAGUUUGAGUAUUCUCAUUACAUGUUAGCUGAAUAAUAUGUGGAAAUUAUAGGAAAAGUUACAAGUUAAUCACUUCUGGGAGUUUAGGGUUAAAUAAAAGUAAUAAAUUGCUGUUGGUAAUGCAAUGUGGCUCCUUAACCAAUCUGUAGAACUGAGAGAGAAAUUGAUAGAAGACAGAGUAUGUUAGACCAGCUGAUUACCAAGUAAGUCACACUUUUCAAAAUGAAGGAUACUUCCAUCUUAGACUUAAUGUUGAUAAUUGUGCUAUUGAUAUAGACAUGUGAAACAAAUUAAAAGGGAAAACUUAAAAUCUCUAUUUUUGUGUGUAUGGUUUAGGGGAAAUCUUGAGAUUUUUCUGAAAUGGAAGGAAAAAAACACAGGUCACAUAUUUUUCAGGAGGCAAAUUACUUGUCACUUAUAAACCCUCUGCUAUUCUCUCUGGAGUCAUCCUUGAUAGUGAAUAGUUGUAACUUUGCAGGGGUGUUGAUAGGGACCUUUUCAAAAGGGGAGAAUUCCUAAUUCCUGCUCACCUUAGGGGAAUUGGUUUAUGCCACUGCUCUUCCCUGCCUAUGAGUGGGCAACCAUUCAUGUGAGUGAAAAGGACCAACAAACAGAGUAUCCAGCCAUUGAAAAGAUUCAUGCCAUGUAGAUUCUUUGAGUUUGGGCAUUUUGGGAAAGUGACAGGGGAAGGGGUUGGGGACACCUAAGAUAGCUAUGCCCUUGCUUUGACAGGGUAUUCAAUAGAUAUAAGGGGUUAGAGAAUUUCCUGGAUGGUAUGCAGAAUUUUCUCAUAAUUUUUUUUAACCAGUUACUUUAAGUUAUGCCUCUGCCACUACUCUUUUUAAUGAAAAUCCUGCUUAUAGAGACCUAAUGGCAUUUAGUUUAUCAUACUUAAUUCUUGGACAUUCUAUUUUGUUUGCUUUCCAGAGAGAAACAGAUGACUGCAGCCUUUCAACAAGAGGCUGAUCAGAGUGAUUAUGGAAGGUGGGAGAGGUUUGGAAAUCAAGUUUAUUAAUUUUUGUGUUUGCAGUGCUUUCAAGUGAUGUCUGCAGUGAUUUUGUGGGACAUUUGAUGUGGUUGUAUGUGACAUUUCCAGUGGUGUUGUGCAACUUGGGCAAUAUUUCAUUCCAUCUUUAGGGGAAGUCAACAGUUAUUUCAGGGGAUGAGCAACAGAGGAAAGAUAAAAAAAGGCCUUCUGUCACCUUGUAUCCCAUCAGAAACUUGUCUGACCUUUGUGAACCUGUACUCACCAAAGUGCCUUCCUCAGCCUACCUUAAAGAUCUUUUCAUUAUCUCAUUUCGAAACUGAAGAUUGGGUGACCAGGAAGUUUGGAUUUACUUUACAGUCUCAUUCAAAAUCUCUUUUUGCAUCCUAUACAAAAUCAGAAAAUGGUGACGUGGAAUUAUUGAUUCAUUGCUUACAACAAUUGUUAUUUUUAGGCAUUUUAAGUUGCUUAGGUCUUGUAGGCAAUAAUGACAAUUAUGACAAUAAUGAAGAUAUUUAUUGUAGAUCCAUUACUGGAAAGUUCAUUUGUUUCAGUCUCAUUUCUCCCGUUUAAUUGAAUAAAAAUUUUAGGAGUUUGAGCAUUGGAAGAAAAGAUUUUCUGCUUUAUAUUUUAAGGAGCUCGUUACUGGCAACUGAUCCUAGGGGGCGAGAUACCAAUCCAUUUGAUGAACCUGAACCUGAUAGCAAUGUGUCAAUUGAUGAUAUGAGGAGACAGCAACAACAAAUUAUUGCAGGUAUUUCUUGCAACAAAUCCAGUUUAGUCAUAGUCAGUUUUGUGCUGUCAAAAGGAGAAGCUCAUAAUCAAAUCAGUUAAACAGUGAUUUUCAAAAAGUAAAAUGAGUAUUUAGUGCACAUCUCCAUUCAGUUUGCUGUUAAUUUUUGUUGUACUUUCAGAACAAGACCAAGGAUUAGAAGCCUUGUCAGGAAUCAUUCAGAGGCAGAAAUUAAUGGGACAAGCUAUCUCUGAUGAAGUAGACUUACAAAAUGGUCAGUAUCUUCACCAAACUCUGACGCAGCGCCACAGUUUCUUUAGAAAUUUACCCUUGUAAUCCUUUCUUUGUCUCUCAUUUAGCAUAUGGGCCAAUCUCUGAUUAAUCUUCUUACUACAUCUCUUUGUUGACUUCACUCUAAACAGUGUCUAUUAUUGAAAACUGAGUGCUGUUAUUAAAUCGAUCAAUAGACAUUUUGGAAUUAAAAAAAGGUGUACAUGUAUGCUUUGUAAUGGGGAUGACAGGUAUUUUGCUUGGGCCUAAAGUAUGAACAAAUCCUACCCUUUCUUUUAGUGUUACCAAAUGAGUUGAAAAUGUAAAUUGGUCACUGGUUAUAGUUUCCUAGCUUUGAAACUCUUUACGGUGGCCAAUUUACAUUAUCAACUCAGUUGAUAAAACCAAAUUACCUUGUCGUACUCUCCCACCAAUGCAGCACCGUAGUUUCUAUAGAGACUUACCCCCUUAAUCUUUUCUACGUCUCCUACUUGGCAUAUGGGCCAAUCUCUGGCUGAUCUAGGGGUUUAUCAAUGAAAUAUUUGACUCUUUUUCUCUUCCUCAAUGAAACCUUUGUUAUUCCAUGGGUUUGCUGGCUCCAUGAUAGGCUAGUUAUUAUGAUUCAUUGGUCACAGCUUGUGCAUUUAGGCGGUUAUUAUCCUAAACUGCUGGUCAUGCUUAUUCUCUUUGGAGUCUGCAGUGUAGAUCACACUCAUUUUUGGGGAUUCUUCAAUCACUUCAGGGCUUGAUUCUCAAGCCUCAAGGAGAAAAACAAAUUUUUAAAGAAGAAAACGACAGAGCAUGAGUAACAUUUUAUGAAAAUGUUGGAUCAGUGUCAGUAUCCAAACUGCACACCUACCCCUCCCCUAACCCCAACAACAGUCAACUGAUAACAAUUUUGGGUUGAUGUUGGGUUGGGAGGGACCUUGGGCCAUUAAUCAAAGUCACAAACCUGUUACAAGUGUAUGUGCUACAUUAUCGUUAUCCCAGAACUCAGGUUGCCAAAUGGGGUUGGCAAAUUUAGUUGCCAAAAUUUUUACUUGAUGUAGUGGCCACAGCUUGGAGCCUUGGUAUUGAUGUAUAUAGAUUAUAAGGGUUGAUCUUUUGAUGUGCUGCAGAAAUCAUUGAUGACAUUGACGCCGGCAUGGAUCAAACCAACCAGCGCCUUAUCCGAGAGACAACCCAUGUGCGGAGAGUGACGGCAAAAUCUUCAACUUGUGGUGCGUAUUAAAACUACAUGUGACCUGCAUUAAUGAACUAUCCUUGAUCACUAACAUUUCAAUCUUAAUUUUAACAAUUACUUUGCAACUUAUAAGACAAUAUGCAAAAAUGACGUUUGAAAGACAUUUCUUUGUUUAAAACACAUACCUACUCUGGUACGUUCUCUGGUGUGACUUUAUCUCCUCUGUAUCAACCUUAAAAUACAUGAACUCUUCUUGAAUUAAAUUUUAAAUGAAGACUUAUUGUAGUGGAUGUAAUGUUUCAAAACUGGGGAAUAUCACAUGGGGUAUAUCCUUGUAUAUUGUUCAGUUUUAGUUGGGGAAUAUUUGGUCAUGUUAUGCAUUCAAGCCAAUUGUGUGCAAGCAAAAAUAAUUGAAUGACUCUAACAAUAGCUAUUCCUCAGUUUUAGCUGGGGCAUGUUUGAUCUUGAGAUGCCUUUGAACCAAUCACACACCAGCAAAAAUAUUUGGUGUGUUGUAGUGAUAAGAUGUAUGUGCUUUUCUUUCAGGAAUGCUGGUGGUUAUAGUCCUGCUAAUUAUUGCUAUUAUUGUUGUGGCAGUUGUUCCAACUCACUGAUUAUCUGUGUC